UAUUUAUGCUGGGCAUGGCUACUUUACAGACAUUGUCUCAUUCAGUCAUGGUAGCAUUCUUUAUUUUUAUCCUCAUUGUGUAAGGAAAGAGUCUGAGAUUUGGGAAAUUAAAUUAAUGUGGCCAAGCUCCUGCAGAUACUAAAUCUACAAAAUAAAAGAUUCAAGGUCACAAAGUUUUCGAUUCAAAGACACAGUAAGGUGAAAGUAAAAGCAUGGAAAAAGAUAAACCAUGGAAAAAUAAACAGAAGAGAACUGGAGUGGCUAUAAUAAUACAGUCAAAAUUUAAGAUAAAAAAUGAUAAAAUAAAUGUUGUUAGGACAGGCAUUUGGCACAGUGAUUAAGGUGUCACUGGUACAGCCUUAUCCCAUCAUCAGAGUACCUGGGUUUGAGUCCCAGCUCUGUUUCUGAUCCAGCUUUCUACUAAUGCACAUCCUGGGAGGCACAGGUGAUAGAUAGAUCAAGUGCUUGGGUCUUUGCCAAGAAACGGUGGGAGAAGGUAGAGGUCACCAAAAUGGUGAAUGACAGAGGAGACGUCACCCCAAUCCUAUGGAAAUUAAAAAAAAGUGUUAGUAAAUAUUAUGUACAUCUUUAUGAUAACAAACUAGGAUAGCUAAAGUGGCUAAAUUUCUAGAAAGUUAGAAAUUAUCAGACUGGUGUAAGGGGCAGGUAGGGUGGAAAGAAUCACUGUGUUCCUAAAGUUGUAUUUAUGAAAUGCAUGAAGUUUGUAUACCUUAAAUAAAAGGUUUCUGGGUUUUAAAACUGAAGGAGAAAUUUAGAAAUCUAAUGUAGAGUUGCUCCAAGUCUCCUGGCCUGAGGCGUCCUCCCGAUCCCUCCCCUUCCCCGGCGCCUCUAACGGAAGAACAUUCAUCAAGGAUUUGGCAUCCACGGCCCAGAAGUUUGUUAUCCAAGAUGAUGAAUGCUGACAUGGAUGCAGUUGAUGCCGAAAAUCAGGUGGAACUGGAGGAAAAAACACGACUUAUUAAUCAAGUGUUGGAACUCCAACACACACUUGAAGAUCUCUCUGCAAGAGUAGAUGCAGUUAAGGAAGAAAAUCUGAAGCUUAAAUCAGAAAACCAAGUUCUUGGACAGUAUAUAGAAAACCUCAUGUCAGCUUCCAGUGUUUUUCAAACAAUUGACACGAAAAGCAAAAGGAAGUAGGGGACUGAUGUCCCUUCUCUUUCAUGGAGUUGCUGCUGACCUUUUUUUUUCCUUUAAAACUUCGAUAGAUUCCAAAAGUUACAGUACUUUUAUUUGUGGCUUCACUGAAUAUUUCGGAAGAUAAUGUCAGAUGUAGGCAAAAUUAACUACUUGAGAUUUCCACAAGUUUAUGUAUUACGUUAGUCUAUGAAAAUGUGCAAAUGUAUUGUAGAGACUUUAUAAUUACAAUCGCAUAUAUUUAUGACACUUGAAGAUGAAUGUUUUAUCGAGUUUACUUUGAUUUAUAGGCUUAGCACUGUCUUUUAUUAUAGGCUUAGCAAGAUAUACAAGAAAAACCCACCAUGUUGUGAAAAAGUGACCAAAAUCAUGUCCUGAAUGCACAGCUUUAUGUACCUGUCCACCAUGUUGUGCCUCUGCUCCAUUUGCCUCUUCCUUCCCACUCACUUCCCCAAGGAAAACAGUUUGUCAUUUGUAAAAGUAAUUUUAAUAGUUAAUCAUCUAUGAUGUAAUCUGAACCCUAAUUGUUGAAACUUAACCAAAAUAAGAUACUUUCUCAGCUAGGGCUUGUCAUUUGUGAUAUUUAGUAAUAAGAUAGGAUUGCUGGUUUCUCUUUAAUCAAUUGAAAACAGAUGAAGGCUAAAAAAAUGACUUUUCCUUGAAAGUAAAUUGUCAUGAAUUUUAAAAGCUUCCUUUUGUACAAGAUAAUCUACUUGGUAUCUGUAAAGAUAGGCAUCCUAGUCAUGUGUGUGCUUAAAAAUAGAAAAUCUUGAGGGAAAAUAAAAUAGGGUGUAAAAGUACUUGGUAAAACAGUAGUGAAACAACUCCAGAUGUUUUCACUCGAGAGUCGUGUGAUCUCUAGUGCAGAGUACAUAUUUUGGGGAGUAUAUUUGAAAAUGGAUUGUUUGACCUUACAUAAGCCACCACCGGAAGAGAACAGUAGAAAGAAUUUGGUUUCAAGGUUUAUUUGUAGAACCCAGCAGAUCAACUGCAAAACUCCUUGAGUAUAUUAGUAUCAGAAUUGGGAGAAUUUCACGGGUGCACUAAUUGAUAACCUUGCUCAGUAUUUUAUCUUACUUGUUCUCCCAGAAUUUUCUGUAAAGUCAACUUGGUUUGCAGAGUUUUCAUUAUCCUUUAACAAUUUUUAAAAACUUAGUUUCUAGACUGUUUGGUAAGGGAAUAAUCAAUGUCAGAAGUAUUAUUAAAAUGUUCUAGGAAAAGAGAUCAAAUAAUACAGUUUAUGAUUACUAGAUUUGACUACUUUUAAUCAUGGAAUAACCUUAUUGUAGAAGUGUAAGAUUUGAUGUAUGAAUAUAUAGUAGUUACACCACAAACAUUUUGCAUCCCUUUUGUGACCUGAUUGACAGAUAUUUAAAUUGUGUUGCAAUUCUGCUUUGCUGUUUAAUAAAAAGCUGUUUCAGAGAUAAAAAAAAAAAAAGAAAUCUAAUGUAAUAAGUAAAGAAAUUGAUUAAUAAUUGAAAAU